CUCGGAGCCUGAUCGCCUCGCGGAGUCUGAAGGCGAGAACGACAAGGGCGCGCCAUGGAGACCGCGGGUUGCUGGAGCCAGCUGGGCCUGGUGAUGUGGCGCCAGGUGUGGCUGGCCCGGGUGAGGCGCCACUACCUGGUCACGCUGCUCGAGCUGGCGUGCAUGCUGCUCCUGCUGAGCUCGGUGUGGGAGGAGUCGGUGGCGCCGUACCGGGCGCGGCCCAACAAGGACCAGUUCUUCGACAGCGCCGACGCGACCGAGUUCUGGGGCCGUCCCAACGAGUCCUGGAGCGAGGGUUCGCUCGCGUUCGCGCCCAACCAACCCUUCUUCGCGGACCUGGCCACCAGGGUCUGCAAGUCGCUUGGACCGAAGUGGACGCCGAUGCCCUUCAACGACGCUGCCGAGGCGACGCAGUACGCGGAGGCGACCACCGAGGCUGAGCCGCCCUCACCGGCGGCCGGCCACGAUGGCGCCGUGGUGCACCGACGCGUGGCCGUGUGGUUCGACCGUCCCGAGACCGACCAGCUGACGUACCACGUGCGCUUUCCGGAAGCCGCGUUCGACUUGCGCGAAGACUACAAGCGCAGCCUGCUCGUGCCCGGACCGGCCAACAUCGACACCCAAGACGAGACCAGGCUGCUGCUUCCGCUGCAGUACUUCGUCGAAUCGACGUAUAUACACAUGAUAGCCGAAUCCCUGGAGAAAGAGAUCAACAUAAAGGUGGAGCUGAUGCGUUUUCCGUACCCCCGACUCUUCUACGGCUCCGAGGACCGCACGCUGAGCCACGUGGUGCUGCGGUUCGGCAUCGCCUUCUUCGUGCCUUUCUGCGCGCUCGUCGUCAAGCUGGUGCAAGAGAAGCGCGUCGGCGCCAAGGUGCGCGCGACACAAUGCCUGUCGUGGCCGCGAACGUAUAUGUAGUGCACACUCGCCCGCGCGCGAAGCUCGUGACACUUGUGUUAACAUUCGCCGACAACCGUCGACGAUAUUCGUCCAAAGAGUGUGCAUAUGUCCGCGCGGAAAUUGCGUUUGUACGCAGCUGUGCUCGCGCACGUAUAACGUUUAAGGAUUAUGUGCGUGUGUCGUCGACAUCGCGGUUAAGCUGUGCGUUGAGCGCCGCGAUAUUUGUCGGAUGUAAAAGUGGUUGCGGUAUACGCUUGUACUCGUAGCACACCUAUAUACGUGAAGUUAAGAACUUGUGUCAUUCACAUUGCGAUAUUUGUAAAAUACGCAGACAAGCAUUCAUUUUACUUUACGUGCUAUUACUAUGUAUGUAACCUGUUUGUAAUCACUUCUCGUGUGUAUUGUUGUAAUUCAAGUUUGUAGUAUAUUACGUAUAUAUGUUCGCAAAAACUGUACGAGUAGCAUUGCAGGAAUUAAACUAUGAAUUCUCUUGGAAUCGUCGGUCAUGUUAUGUGUUAGAAGAUGAUGCUCGCAUACGUCAUCAAUAUCGCGAUGCUCGCUAUAAAAUAUCUGUGGUAUAAAUAUCAUACCAUAUGGUAUAAAUAUCAAUAUUUGGUAUAAAUAUCAAUUAUUAAUAUUUUCUUGUAUAUGAAUGGCCAGCAUGAAAUGUGGAAUAUAUACAUGAACGUCAAUGAAAAGGUAAUGAUGCAUUCAUCAAAAUAAACCCGCCCAACCUAUUGCUGACACUGUAUACUAUCGUAAUGUGCUGUGUUGUUCAUGGCUCGGAGGAAGUUACGAAUUUAUGUACGUUAAUUACAUGGCGAUAUACAUAACACACUCUUUACCACCGAUUGCAAAACAGCAAAAGCGAGUCGGCCAUUGCCGGUCUCAACAUUCUUUUGCUGCUGGGUGCACAUAUCGUGUUAUCGACAUUAUAGAGUUGGUGUAUGUAAAACUGAUGUAUCUUAUUUAUUGUGUAAAACAGCGCACUCCUUCCUCUCUCUCAGGGGGCAUUAAGAAUUUCUUUACAAAUCCGUGAUGGUGCUUCUGUGGUAUGUUCUGUCUCAAUAUUUCCGAUAAUAAAGAUCCCAUUACGAAAGGUUUGUGCAGUAAAGACUGUGUUUUAAUAAGCAAUGCAGACUUGUCGAGAAUAGUAGCACUCAUUCCCACCGUCUGCUUUCGUAAAGCUUUGUUGAUGGCGCUCUGCCAUCAACAUAUACCUCUCUACCUCCCCAUAUAUUCUACGUUCCCACACCGUCCAAGUCUUGUUUUGGACUGGGGAAAAAAAACGACCGCGGAUACCCAUCGAAUGCCACAGCAGGCAGCUGGUGACGAAACCAGGAGCCACAGCCAAACAGCGAGUGGUCCAAGCUGUUCAGCAAUGGCAGAAUAUCUGCGGAGAGGAUGAUGACCACUCCGGAAACCGGCCAACUGAGAUAACCGACGCAAACGUGGCCGAAAGUUCCGCGGAAAUAUUAAUGUAGAUUGCCGCUCGACAACCCGCAAGGUUUCUGAAGCCCUUGAGUUGUCGCACGGGCCUUGCUACCAAAUUAUGACGGAAGGAUUGGGCAAAAAAAAAAAUUGGCAUUACGUUUAUCGUACAGCGGUAAAUACCCGUGCAAUUGGCCUAGGCUCCGCCUAGUCGUAUUCGAGCCUGGUCAGGGCAUGUAGAAUGGCGCUUGGUA